UCCGUGUUUCCUCGAACUUAUCUUGCAGUUUCAGGUCAAGCGCUCCGACAAGGAGUAUUUCAAUUACUGAAAUUGCUGCCGCAUAUGUGAAUUUCAAACUCAAAACCAAAUAACACAAUAAUAAUACUUUCAGUUUCAUGGAGAUCGACGAAGCAAAGUUCCUCUGCAGCUACGGCGGCGAGAUAAAUCCCCGCGGCCACAACAACAAGCUCGCCUACAUCGGUGGCACCAAUAAGCUUCUUUAUGUUGACCGUAGAAUUGACUUCACAGCCAUGGUUGCCAAAAUCUCCAGCCUCUUUGACGGCGCCUGCAACGGCGAUUACUUCUUCAAAUACCAAGUCCCCGGCAGCGAUGACCUCAAUGCUCUCGUCUCCGUCACCAACGACAGAGACCUCCACAACAUGAUGCUCGUGUUCGAUCAACUCUACCGCGACUCCCCUAGAUUCCCCCGCAUGAGACUCUUCCUCUUCCCAAACCCUAACAAACCUCUCGAUUCGGUUAAGCCAGACUCUAAUGGGCUAUCUUCGAAUCUUUGGAAGCAUGAUGUGUUUAUCAGCUGUAGAGGGAAGGACACUCUUACCGGAUUCACUUCCUAUCUUGUCAAAGCUCUGAAUAAAAAACAUAUAAAAACCUUCACUGGUGAUGAGCUUCACAAAGGGGAUUGCAUCUCGGAUUCUCUUACAAGAGCUAUUGACAAUUCGUCUCUAUCUAUUGUGAUCUUGUCAGAGAAUUUUGUUACCUCAAGUUGGUGCGUCGAUGAGUUAUUGAAAAUAAUGGCGUGCGGAAGGAAAGUUAUACCUGUGUUUUAUGGUGUGGAUCCAUCUGAUGUACGAAAGCAGCUAGUGAGUUUCAAUGAAAAAUUCAAGUCUCACUUGCAGAGUAACAUUAACAAUCUUCUGAAAUGGAUGGAUGCUCUCGCCAAAGUUGCGGAUUUAGAAGGCUGGGAUUCCAGCUCUUGUAGGGACGACUUUGAACUUGUGGAUAAGAUUGUCAAAGAUGUUUUGCGAAAGCUGAAUAAUCCUUGCCUGCCUAAGGAUAUCAAGGGUGUAGUUGGUAUUAAUAAAAAUCUUGAAAAGUUAGAAUUGUUAUUAAGUUCGGUUCCUGAUGAACAAACGGGAAUAAUCGGGAUUUGUGGGAUGGAAGGAGUAGGCAAGACGACUGUAGUGAAGAAAUUAUUUGAGAAACAUUCUUAUCGGUAUGAAGGUUCCUGUUUCUUAGAAGGUGUUCUGGAAAGAUUGGAAAAGUAUGGGCAGGAGAUAGAUGAGUUGUGUAAUCAACUUCACUCCAAGUUGUUAGAAGGAAAAGACUUCCCAAAUAGCAUGGCAGAUACAAAUUCUGCAAAGUGCUGUCUCUGCAGCAGACAAAGAAGUUUCAUAGUUCUUGAUGAUGUGGGUAGUUCAAAGCAAUUAGAAUACCUAGUUGGAGACCUUCAAUGCUAUGGUGCAGGAAGUAGAAUAAUUGUAAUUACAAGGAACAAGAGUGUGCUGGAAAAAAGAGUUGAAAAAAUUUAUAAGAUGGAGGUGUUAGAUUUUCAAGAUUCCCUUACUCUGUUUAGCUUGAAUGCAUUCAAUCAAAAGUAUCCAAAAACGGGAUACCAAGAGCUAUCAUGGAAAGCAGUUACCUACUGCAAAGGUGUCCCGUUAGCUUUAAAAGUAUUGGGUUCUUUUCUUCAUUCCAAGAGUGAAACUGAAUGGGAUAGUGCGCUGCAAAAACUCGAGAAGAAUCCUAAUGCAUCAAUUCAAAAUGUGUCAAGAUUGAGUUAUGAUGGGUCAGAUUAUCAGCAGAAUCACAUUGUUUUAGACAUUGCAACAUCUUUUAAGGGAGAGCAAAAAGAACAGAGAAUUGAUGUAUUAAUAAGUUCCCUUCUUGAUGAGGCUCUAUUAGCUAUAUAUGAUCAUUUUGAGCUGUUGCAGGAUUUGAACAAGAAGUGGGGAGGGGAAUCAUUUGUCAAAAAUCUAUCAAGAAUCCUGAAAAUCAUAGCCAUUUGUGGGGUUUUGGUGAUAUUUGUGAUGUUUUGGAAAACAGCAAGGUAUCGGACAUAAUUAUUUUUAGGGAACUCAUUCAAUUGAAGGAGUAAUAAAGUUAUGUCUCAAAGUUAAUAAAAGCUAUGAUUGAGUACUGGCACUUUCAAUCAUCUCCCCAAUUAAACUUUGAAGAUUAUGUGAUCUGCAGCUUCCUAUGUGAUUGGAGUCAUUUACUAAUAUAAAAAAGAAAAAAAAAAGAAAAAGAGAAAGAA